GUUGAUGUUAUAAACGGGAAAUAAACAAACACGAGGCUACGUCAAUUCAGCGAAUGAUUCCAAAGAGUUACUAAUUCGGACUUGUCCAAGAACUCCCCGCUCAAAGUCAAAGUGCGAGAUCCGAGAUCUGAUUAUCCCGGGUUGGUCUGCUUCAUUUGUCAGCCCACCUUUGUUUUGUAUGUGAUAUCAUCGUCACCCGAAGUACACAUCACAUAUUGGCCAUUUCAAAAAGGGCUACGCUUCUUCUGUGCUUAUCUGUAGUCACUUUCAAAAACCUUGUAGUCCCCUCCAUGUUGGCGAGAUCGAGCUUGAGAGUCUUUGCUGGACGUACCACAAGGAUACGAUACUCAACAAUGGCGACUCCUUUCAAGAUUCAGCUGGAACCCCAGAACUCGGGGCUUCUAGGGAUGAAGCUUGGUCAGAGUGAGGCCUCGAAGGCAACUGACCUGCUGCAGAAGGAUCUAGAGAACCACCACGUCUUCUUCAACGAGUCUGGCUUUCACGACCAUAUUGUUCAUCAAGUUUUAACUCUAUAUGGUACCGGCGCAACAACAAAGGACCUGGACACUGCAUAUAACGCCAACAAGACAUAUCAGCUUAAGGCCAUGAAACCAAAGCCUGAUGUCGUUGAUAAACUAGAACACGGCUCAGACUGGUCACAAUAUCUUGGCAAAGGUAGAAACUAUGCUACAUUCUUUCGUUUCUUCCAGGACGAGAUCGAAAGAAUAGGAUGGCAGGACACACUCAAGGAGUAUCUCUUCAAAGACGAUGCUCGAGGCCGUGACAUGCAAAGCCGUCUAUUCGCCGGUAUUCUUCACCCACUUAUUCAGUUGUUGUAUGGCAUGGAGUGGUCACAGCCCAUGAUCAUCGCUUCAGCUCUUGCACAGACUGCUGUUCAUCGAGACGAUUAUAAAGAAUUUCUCACAGCCGCUGCUGGAAAAGCUCAAGCUUCCGAUGCGCCACCUAAGAUGAAGACCAUUGGUGGCCUUUAUGAAGACGCCGUAAAGAAUGACAAACUUCGAACAAGCUCGCAUUGGGAUGAUUCCAACCGGAUCUUCGAUGGUGUAUUUGUGAGGGCGAAGGACGAGAUGAUCACGUUGGCGGCGAAAGUGAGGGUUGAUGAGGAGGAGCUGGACGAAAAGAUUGCCGAGAUGGUCCAUCACUCUGCUUUCGUUGCUUCAGCUGCUGCUUUUCAUCCACCUCAUGCUCCAAGAUUCGAAUUUAUUCUCAUGCAUCACAUAACAUCGACGCCAUUCUUUCUCACGCUCAAAGAACAGUCCUGGAUUCCAGCAUCAACCAAGGCGCGUUUCUUGGAGAACAAAAUCCGCAUGGAUCUCCUGCAGUACAUCGCUCGUGGCUCGCCAGCUCUUCGUGGCGAUCUGCUCUGUGGCUAUAAGCCCAAGGAUGGAGAUAAUCUGGUGGGUAAGCCAGAAGAUCUAUUCCCAAGGAUUCACAAGGUCGUGGAUGAUGGGCACACUGUCAAGUUGGCCAGGGCACUGAUGCUGGCGCAAAGAGUUACCAAGCCGUAUGAGAACAAGAAGUGGGUGAGGAUCAAGGGAGAUGACGAGUGGUUGAGGGCUGUGUACCUGUUGCUGGAUGCCAAUGAGGAAGCUGAUAGGCGGGGAGGUACCAUGUGGGUUCGAUCUUCAGGGUUCGAUGAAGCUUGGGAGGAGAUUCCCAAGGCUAAGAUGUAAGACAACCAAGAGCAAAGGCUUGUAUGAUAUGCAUGGGUAUUAUGAGUCGUAUUUACCGUCUAUUCUAAACCAAUCCAUUCAUCGGAUCCCGCCUCAGACUGCUCAUCCCCAUCAACAUCCAUAAGUUUCACAUCCAUAGUUUUGCCACUCUCCAAUGUCUUGGCAUCCUUCUUUCCAG